AUGGCAUCACAGAUACAUUUCCUAGAUAUAAAAGGUAAACCAUUAUUAUCUAGAGAUUAUAAAGGAGAUAUACCAUCAACAACAAUUGAAAAAUUUCCAUUAUUAUUAUUAGAAUUAGAAAAUGAUGAAGGAGAAUAUAAACCAUUUAUAAAUGAUCAAGGUAUAAAUUAUAUUUUUAUAAAUCAUAAUAACUUAUAUAUAUGUGCAUUAACAAGAAAAAAUGAAAAUAUAAUGACAAUAAUAAUAUUUUUAUCAAAAUUAGUUGAAGUAAUGACUCAAUAUUUUAAAUCUUUAGAAGAAGAAAGUAUAAGAGAUAAUUUUGUUAUAAUUUAUGAAUUAUUAGAUGAAAUGAUGGAUUUUGGUAUACCACAAACAACAGAUACAAAAAUAUUAAAAGAAUAUAUUACUCAAGAUUAUUAUUCAUUAAUAAAACAAACUCCAAGUCAUUUAGUUGCACCACCAAAUGCUGUUACUAAUGCAGUAAGUUGGAGAAAAGAUGGAAUAAGUUAUAAAAAGAAUGAAGCAUAUUUAGAUGUUGUUGAAAGUAUAAAUAUGUUAAUAACACCCAAUGGUCAAGUAUUAAAUAGUGAAAUUUUGGGUGAAAUUAGAAUAAAAUCUCAUUUAAGUGGUAUGCCAGAUUUAAGAUUAGGUCUUAAUGAUAAAGGAAUUUUCACAGGUAAUGGAGAUAAUAAUGAUGAUUCAAAUGGUAAAAGUGUUGAAAUGGAAGAUAUUAAAUUCCAUCAAUGUGUAAGAUUAUCAAAAUUUGAAAAUGAAAAAAUUAUAACUUUUAUACCACCAGAUGGUGAAUUUACAUUAAUGUCAUAUAGAUUAUCAUCAGCUCAAUUUUUAAUGAAACCAUUAAUUUUAGUAAAUUGUAAAACAAAAAUUCAUAAACAUUCAAGAAUUGAAAUUAAUUGUACAGUAAAAGCACAAAUUAAAAAAAAAUCAACAGCUAAUAAUGUUGAAGUAAUAAUACCAAUCCCAGAAGAUGCAGAUACUCCCAAAUUUGAAACAGAAUAUGGUUCAGUAAAAUGGAUACCUGAAAAAUCUUGUUUAAUAUGGAAAUUAAAAACUUUCCCUGGAGGAAAACUGUUUUCAAUGACUGCAGAAUUAGGUUUACCAGCAGUAAAUGAUACUGAUUCAAUAUUAAGUAAAAAACCAAUAAAAGUUAAUUUUUCAAUUCCUUAUUUUACAACAAGUGGUAUACAAGUUAGAUAUUUAAGAAUUAAUGAACCUAAAUUACAAUAUCAAUCUUAUCCUUGGGUAAGGUAUAUAACUAAAUCUGGAGAGGACUAUAUAGUUAGAACAAAAUAA